AUGAAAGACCUUGAAAUUCUGGACAUUAACUGGAAUCAAAUAAUGUACUUAUCACCAAAUGGAAUGCAGCAUUUAGAGAAAUCGUUUGCAAAAAACGUUUCAAUUAAUAUGCUGAACAAUCCCCUGCAUUGUUCGUGUGAUUCUGUAAUCUUUUUACAAUGGAUACCAAAACAUAAAAAUCAUUUCAAAUAUUUUGAUAAUUACACAUGCAGUAAUAAAGGUAGUGAUUUUGAGAUAAGUAAGACAAAUCUUCUUUUGAAGAAAGACUGUGCCUCCUAUAUGGAAGUGAUAGUGCUCUCAGUUAUUUUUAUAAUAGCUUUCAUAGCUGUUGUUGGUACAUCGAUGAUUAACCGCUUUCGGUGGAAGCUGCGAUAUUGGUACUAUGUUAUGAAAGGAGCGUACGGAUAUAAUCGUGUUGAAACUGAUGAUCACUACCAAUUUGACGCAUUUGUGUCAUACGCAGACAGAGAUCAACACUUUCCUAAGGAUGAGAUGGUAGACUACCUGGAAAAACAAAGAGUUUUCCGGUUAUGUAUACAUCACAGAGAAUUAAUUGCAGGAUGUGGAAUAGCAGAAACUAUCACGAAUGCUAUCCACAACAGCAGAAAAGUUGUCUGCGUACUUUCGGAGGAUUUUCUGAAAUCCGAAUGGUGCAUGUAUGAAUUUAAUAUUGCUUUGACAGAAAGUAAAGUCUCCAGACAAGGUCAGAACAUGAUAAUCAUGCUCCGAUUAGGUCGGAUGGAUAUGAAGAAUAUCCCCACUGAGAUUAUGUACAUUUUAAAAGAGGAUACUUAUAUAGAAUAUCCCGAGAACGAAGAUGAUAGAGAUAUAUUCUGGGAAGAUUUUGCUGGAUCUUUAAACUUAUAG